UUUUUUUAUGGCACUCGGAACGAAAAAUCGAACAACUUUCUCCAGCUAAAAAGCGCUUGAACAUUUUUUGAACAUUUCUGAGAUAUGGCACAUCGAAUAUCAUUAUGGCAAUCGCAACCCGAAGUCGCCUACUAAGCAACGACCUGUCAUCGGAAGUUAAGCUCCUUAACACCGAAAUAUAAGAGGUACCGGUUAAUGUGACUGUACCCUUUUUACCUAUCGCCUGGGCAUAGUCAUACCCUAAUUUAUGAGAUUCGAAUUAAUUUCGCCAGUUCAGUAUUCUGCCUGCUUUGUUUUAUACAGGCCUGUUCUAAAUUUGCGUAGCCUAUCUACAUUUCAGCUCAAGGCGAGUGCAUAUUGAAGCUACUCUGGGAGUGGGAAUGGAGAAUUUGGAAUAUACAUAUAUAUUUUAAGAACGAGCAUGUUCAUAGUAUGGAUGACAAGGAUGUAAUUUCGAUAAAAUACUCGGCUACUCUUUUGAUUUUGAUUUUGUAAACGCAGGUGGAAGAUAUUGCGUUGUGUAGCCUACCAAAAUGCAAUAUAUUCAAGGGAAACAUAACUAUAAUGUAGGGCUAAAGGCAACGAUGACUUCGUCGCUUCAGAAGAUGCUUGUCAGAUGGGACUGAAAUAAUGUUCUGAUUUUUUACACAGCCAAUAGCUCACUCCUUUCUUCGCCGAGGCACUGCAGCCAGAACCCUGAAGACUAUGCUCCGUUCAACGUCGAAUCGCUGGGUUUUAUUUCGCUUAUUAAUUGAUACAGGCUAUUGAUAAUCUGUGGAAGGAAAAUCUAGUCAACUUGAUGUGGGUUGACAGAGGGUGCGCGCUGUUGACGAUAGUCGGUGAUGGUUGCACAGAUGGCGAACACAAGCGAGUCGGGGGAAGGCAACCCUUCGCUACAGAAUUAUGCCAUCACCGCUUCUGCGGUGAAGCUGGCCUCUCUCGGUCUGAUAAUCUGUAUCAGCCUGGCAGGGAACAUUCUGUUAUCUUUCCUGGUGCUGAAAGACAGCAGCCUACACAGAGCUCCCUAUUACUUCCUCCUGGAUCUAUGCCUGGCAGACAUAAUACGCUCAGCUGUGUGUUUUCCCUUCGUGAUGAUAUCCAUUACCAGCGGCUCCAGUUGGACAUAUAGCACUAUAAGCUGCAAGAUCAUCGCGUUCAUGGCAGUUCUCUUCUGCUUUCACGUAGCCUUUUUGCUCUUCUGCGUCAGUGUAACCCGAUACAUGGCGAUCGCGCAUCAUAGAUUUUACUCUAAACGAAUGACAUUAUGGACCUGCGUGGCUGUCAUAUGCAUGGUUUGGACCCUCUCCGUUGCCAUGGCAUUCCCGCCGGUAUUCGAUGUUGGCACUUACAAAUUCAUUCGAGAGGAAGAGCAGUGCAUUUUUGAACACCGAUACCUGAAAGCAAACGACACGUUGGGUUUCAUGUUGAUGUUGGCAGUCAUUGUGGGAACAACACAUGUGGUUUAUAUGAAAAUGUUGUUUUUUGUUUACGACCACCGUAAGAUGAAACCUGCCCAGCUGAUCCCGGCAAUAAGCCAGAACUGGACCUUCCACGGACCUGGUGCUACAGGACAAGCAGCUGCCAACUGGAUCGCGGGAUUUGGACGUGGUCCCACUCCACCUACGCUGGUGGGGAUCAGACAAGCAUUGCACAACCCCAACAAGAGGCUUCUUGUCUUGGAUGAAUUCAAAAUGGAAAAACGAAUUAGCAAGAUGUUUUACUUGAUAACUCUGGCGUUUCUUCUCAUGUGGUCCCCUUACAUUGUCGCCUGCUAUCUUCGAGUGUUUGUGAAAGCCAGUGCCAUACCACAAGUGUACCUCACUGCGGCGGUGUGGAUGACGUUCGCGCAAGCAGGGGUGAAUCCUAUCAUAUGUUUUAUAUUUAACAAGGAGCUCAGGGUUCGGUUCAGAGCCCGUUUUGAAUGCUGUUUGAGCACACAAACACCUAUGGAGUCCUAUUGUGUCAUCGGAACAAUAUGAUAUGUUGUUAAACUUCCGUUUGGAUCACAGUAGCUCAGACAAACGAUUGCGCUUUGAAGAAGUUUCUUUUUUAAUUAAGUGGCUUCAGUUCUAUUUAAAACAAGCUCGGUAUGCAUCACUGUCGCCCUUGUUAGUUAUUUCUUUUAGUUGAUUUCAAGUUUCCCUAGUUUAUACCCCGAAGGCCAUAUUUUGCAAUGCCCAAAUUGCAGGUACAUAUGAAAUGUAAAUAUGCCAUAUUUUUAAAAAGUAUAUAUUUGUAUGCAUAUAUUUUACACUGAUGGUUACUAAAAUUAGCUUAUUUAACAAGUGCUUCUUUAAAUAUAAGUGUAUGUUGCUUCUAUGAAAGGAAUUGUGUAGGCCUAUUACGCUGGUGUAAAUCGGAUGUUGCAUUUGUUUUAGACUUUUUAUCAAAACACAAAUUAUCUUUGAUAAGAUCUUCCUAGCAUUGGUUGUGUGGAUAAAAUAUUACAACUGAGUUGGGAUUUUUCUGCAAGUAAAUAUAAUACAUAGAUUUUUGAAAAUGUGUUGACAAAGAGACUUCCUGUCAUAUUCCCUUUAAUGUAAACUAUGUUUAAAAUUUAUGGUCAAGAAAACAAAUUAUUUUAGUUCUGCUGGUUGAACAUUCUUAAUGCCUUUGGAGGACGGUUGCCUUGUUUGUACUGCAGAAUAAAUAAUCAUAAAUAAUUAA